GUGAGUGCAAUGCCUCCUAUUGUGACACGCUGGACCCUGUUGUCGUCCCGGCCCUGGGCACGUACGCCAAGUAUGAGAGCAGCAAGAUGGGCAAGCGGCUGGAGCGCAGCGAGGGGAGGUUCCAGAGCGACUCCACGGCCCCAGAUCUGUUGCUGAAGCUGGACAUGGCACAGCGGUACCAGAAAGUGAAGGGCUUUGGUGGGGCUCUCACAGACUCUGCCGCCAUGAACAUCAUGGCCCUGUCCCUGGAUGCCCAGACCAACCUACUCAAGUCGUACUUCUCAGAGGAAGGGAUCGAGUACAACCUGGUCCGCAUCCCCAUGGCCAGCUGUGACUUCUCGGUCCGCCUCUACACCUAUGAUGACUCCGAGGGGGACUUUGAGCUAAGGAACUUCAGCCUGACUGAGGAGGACACAAAGCUGAAAAUCCCCAUUCUCCAGCAUGCCCAGGCCGUGGCCAGGACACCGCUCUUCCUGUAUGCCAGUCCCUGGACAUCCCCCACCUGGCUGAAAACCAAUGGAGCCAUGACAGGCAGGGGCACACUGAAGGGGAAGCCGGGGGACAAGUAUCACAAGACCUGGGCCAACUACUUCAUCAGGUUCCUGGACGAAUACGCCAAGCACAACCUGACGUUCUGGGCGGUGACGGCUGGGAACGAGCCCACAGCUGGGGAGAUUGUCUUCUACCCCUUCCAAUGCCUGGGCUUCUCCCCCGAGCACCAGCGGGACUUCAUCGCUCAGGACCUGGGCCCGGCACUGGCCAACAGCUCGCACAAAGGCAUCCAGCUCAUCAUGCUGGACGACCAGCGAGUGAUGCUGCCUUACUGGGCGGAAGUGGUCCUGAAUGACCCCGUGGCCGCCAGCUUCAUCAACGGCAUUGGCAUCCACUGGUACCUGGACUUCCUGGCUCCCAUCGACCUCACGUUGUCCAUCACCCACCACCUCUUCCCCAGCUACUACCUGCUUUCCACAGAGGCCUCCACAGGGUCCUACUUCUGGGAGCCCAGGGUGAUUCUGGGCGGCUGGGACCGAGGGAGCAAGUACAGCCACAGCAUCCUGAUGGUAAGGCCUCCCCGGUGCACACUGCCUCAGCCUCCUCUGGGGGACAGGAGCAGCUCGGCCCGCACGAGCCUUCAGCUGAGCCGCUUCAUCUUCUCACAGAACCUGAACUACUACGUCACUGGCUGGACCGACUGGAACCUGGCCCUGGACUUGGAGGGAGGGCCCAACUGGAGCAAGAACUACGUGGACAGCCCAGUCAUCGUGGACAGCAGCAAGGAUCUCUUCUACAAGCAGCCCAUGUUCUACCACAUGGGGCAUUUCAGCAAGUUCAUCCCCGAGGGCUCCCAGCGCGUGCGGCUGGUCAUCUCCAAGAAAUGCUACAGGUGCAGCCUGGAGUACGCAGCCUUCCUGCGCCCGGACGGUGCCGCUGUGCUCGUGGUCCUGAACAGGUACCCCACGGAUGUGCCAUUCGGGAUCUCAGACCCAGGUGUUGGCUACAUUGAGGCUGUGGCUCCAGCUGACUCCAUCCAGACCUACCUGUGGAGACGCUAA